AUGGGGCGUGGGGACUUGCUAGGUGAUAGUGUUGGCUCUACAGAAGCUCAGAGUUGUCAUGAGAACAUCGAGACUCUCUGUGAACAUCUGCAAGCUUUUGAGCUCCACUGGGAGAUCCAGACGGCAUCUGUAAUUUGGCGUGUUUGUAGGAGUUGCAGCCGCCUUCGAAACAUUCAGAGUAUCCUGACACAGAGCAGCAAAUCUCAACCUGAUGGAAUCCUUUGCAUUUUGGGAAUAGAUAGCCGAUACAAUGAAGGUUGCAGGGAACUGGCAAACUAUCUGCUUUUUGGCUUGUAUAACCAGAGUAAUAACGACUUUGAAAGAACUGGAUUUCCUGAAGAAGUUCUUGAUGAUAUAAUCAUAUUAAUAAAACCUGACAGUGUCCAUCUGUACUGUAACCCUGUGAAUUAUAAUCAUCUUUUGCCAUAUGUGGCAUACUGGAGGAACUUGCAUUUUCACUGUCUAACUGAAAAUGAGUAUGAAGAUGAAGAAGCUGCAGAGGAAUUCAAAAUUUCCAGCUUUGUAGACAUGGUUCGGGAUUGCAGUCGCAUUGGUAUUCCAUACAGCUGCCAAGGUCAUCUACAGAUAUUUGAUAUGUUUGUUGUUGAAAAGUGGCCAAUAGUGCAGGCUUUUGCCCUGGAAGGAAUUGGGGGUGAUGGAUUCUUUACGAUGAAAUAUGAAUUAAUGGACGUCAGUGUUGAUUUGUGGAAGACAUACAGUAAAAUGGAUCCUGUUUCCCUGGAGGACUUGCUCUUUGAGGAUUUGAUGAUUUUUGAACACCAGUGGACCAAUUUUUUUGCUAAUUUUGAUACUGAAAUUCCCUUCAUUCUGGAACUAUCAGAAUCUCAGGCGGGGGAGCCUUUCAGAAGUUACUUCAGUCACGGAAUGAUCUCAAGCCAUAUAACAGAUAACAGUCCUAGCCGGCAGCCCUUUGUUCUGUUUGGUAGCCACUCAACUAAGGAAAACUUGAACUCCGGUAACUUUAAUUUUCCGUCAGAAGGACAUCUUGUUCGAAACACCGGCCUUGGUGGAAGCACUGCUAAGCAUAUGGUAGUGCAGUGUGUCUCUCCAAAGGGACCUCUGGCGUGUUCAAGGACCUAUUUUUUCGGAACCACUCACACUCCAUUCCUGGGAAAUGACAAUGAAAUGCACAAGCAAGCUGAACAAGUUACGCUGUUGUCGCAAAUAUAUACUGCUGUUGUAGAGGCUGUGCUUGCUGGCAUUGAGUGCUAUGCUAAAACUUCCACUGAAUCCAAGGCAAAGGAGGUAGCAGAGCAGAUGCUCAUGUCUGUGUUAGAUAGUCUUCACUUAACGCAGCUUAAAACUGUGUUAUGCUCCAAAAUCGCUUUUCAAAUUCAGGCUGUGAAUAAUCAUGGAAGAAUUACUCCAUUAGAUAAUGAGGAUGGCCUGAGUUUGAUUAAAACGGCGUCUAUGAUGGUAUUUGACAUUCCAGACUCGCUCACAGGAAGAGGAUGCUUGGGAUCUGUUGUCUUUUCAGAGUCUUUUCUAACGUCACAGAUACAAGUAAAAGAAAAAGAUGGCAGCAUUAAGUCAGAAACCAGCCACAUAAUACUGACUGCAGCUAUCCCAAGAUACGCUUCUUGGCUGGUUGAAGAUAGUGAUGUGAAACUGUCUGAAAAGGCACAGCAUGUAUUGAAGGAAGACAAAUCUUUUCUGGGCACUUUACUCACUGGAGGUGAUGGAGCAUAUAUUUAUUCUAGCAAUCCACAAACCAUGCCUGCAGAAGGCAAAUUGUACUUCUUUUCAGAUGGCAUUCUCUUUUCUGAUCCCCACCAUGGCAGCAUUUCCAUUUCAAAGAACCACAUGAGUUCCAUUUCUCUCUAUGAUGGGGAUUCAACCAGUAUUGUUGCUGCUCUCUUCAUAGAUAUCAAAAGUUCCUUUCUUGCUCAUCUACCGAUUGAAUUCCAUACCCGGGACAACUUUUUGAUGAUUGCACUUUUCCCCAAAACAAAGAUUUAUAAAGCUUUUUAUUCCCAGGUUUUUUCUUCGUGGCAAAACCAGACAAACUCAGGAUUAUCUUUAAGGGUUGUCCAGGAAGAAUUCCUGUCUGUGGAGCAAAAGAGAUUGCAUUCCAGUGUUCAGAAGCUAUUUAACGCCUUGUCUUUUCCUUCUGGGGAAAGAUGCAGGGAGCUGAAAAUAUCUGCUGCUCUUCCAGAAUUAGAGAGGUUUGUGCAACACUUUACAGUCAGCAGCGUCAGUCACGAGCCAAUAAUGAGAGCACAUCUUCCUGUUUUAUUGCAACAGUCAGAAAUCAUUCCUGACAGCAAAGCAGAAAGCGAUAAGGUGGUUAUCACCAUUAUAACUGGUCUUCCAGGAUGUCGUUGCAGCGAUCUGUGCGCUUUUCUUGUAACUUUUAACAAGGAGCACGGAAGGUGGAUAGUUUAUCGGCAAACUAUGGAUAGUCCUGAAUGUUUCAGUGCAACCCACUUCCAGCGUUACCUCUCUAGUGUCGUGGAGGCUCAACAAAACCACAGCGUCCGUCAGUCCACUUACGCUAAGAAGAACAAGCGUCUCUUAGUGGUCUUGCAAGGAUAUACUGAUGUUAUUGAUGUUGUACAGGCUCUGCAAACUCAUCCUGACCCAGAUGUGAAGUCUUCUUUCAUCAUUGGAGCAGUUAAUACUUGUGUUGAGCCACUGAGUUGCUAUAUGGAACAUAGACUCCUUUUUCCCAAGUUCUUGGACCAGUGUUCACAAG